AUGUACGGGUUACUUUUGGAGAACAUGGCCGAGUACAUCAGACAGACAUAUGGCGAAGAACGAUGGGAGGACAUCAGACGGCAAGCGGGGGUCGAGCAGCCGUCUUUCUCUGUGCAUCAAGUGUAUCCGGAGAACAUGAUCACGAGAUUGGCAAAGAAAGCACAGGAGGUUUUAGGAAUAACGGAGCGAGAAUUUAUGGACCAAAUGGGCGUAUAUUUCGUAGGGUUCGUCUCACAAUAUGGUUACGACAGAGUUUUAUCAGUCCUCGGACGGCAUAUGAGGGAUUUUCUCAAUGGGUUAGAUAAUUUACACGAAUACCUGAAAUUCAGUUAUCCAAGAAUGAGAGCGCCUAGUUUUAUAUGUGAAAAUGAAACGAGGCAAGGAUUAACUCUGCACUACAGAUCCAAAAGAAGAGGAUUUGUUUAUUAUGCCAUGGGACAAAUUAGGGAGGUAGCCCGACAUUUUUACCAUAAGGAAAUGCGAAUAGAGUUACUACGCGAAGAACUACUAUUCGAUACAGUUCAUGUUACAUUCCAACUUACUUUUGACAACAGAGCGUUUACCUUGGCGUCUCUAGCUAUGACAAGGGAGGAAAAACAUUUACCAAUCAGCGCUUCAGUGCUAUUCGAGAUCUUUCCAUUUUGCAUUGUUUUUGGCUCCGACAUGGUGGUGCGGAGCAUCGGCAACUCUUUGAUGGUGAUCCUUCCCGACCUCGUGGGGAAGAAGAUCACAAACUGGUUCGACCUCGUCCGGCCCCUCAUUGCGUUUAAAUUUCAAACAAUCUUAAACCGCACGAACAACAUCUUCGAGCUAGUGACUGUAGAAGCUGUGAUGCACGAGAAGGCUCCUGACAAGAGAAACGAACUGCUCCGUCUGUCCGACGAGUCUGACGGACCCACGGAGAAGAAUCUCAGGCUGAAAGGUCAAAUGAUCUACAUGGACAACUGGCGCAUGAUGAUGUACCUGGGAACACCAGUGAUGCCCGAUCUCUCCGCUCUGGUUUCCACCGGUCUCUACAUCAACGAUUUGUCAAUGCAUGAUUUUAGUAGGGAUCUAAUGUUAGCCGGUACUCAACAAUCUGUGGAGCUAAAGCUAGCCCUAGACCAAGAGCAACAGAAAAGCAAGAAACUCGAAGAAUCAAUGAGGAAACUUGACGAGGAGAUGAAAAGAACUGAUGAGCUAUUGUACCAGAUGAUACCGAAGCAGGUCGCCGAUCGUCUUAGGAAUGGAGAGAACCCGAUUGAUACUUGUGAGAUGUUCGACAGCGUCUCCAUUCUAUUUUCUGACGUGGUGACCUUCACGGAGAUCUGCUCUCGCAUCACGCCCAUGGAAGUUGUAUCCAUGCUUAAUGCCAUGUACUCCAUCUUCGACACUCUUACGGAGAGGAAUCGAGUUUACAAGGUUGAGACAAUAGGUGACGCCUACAUGGUGGUUUCUGGAGCUCCAGAGAAGGAAGACAACCACGCUGAGAAAGUCUGCGACAUGGCCCUCGAUAUGGUUGAUGCUAUCACGGAUCUGAAAGAUCCUAGUACAGGAUCUCAUCUUUCAAUCCGGGUAGGUGUCCAUUCUGGCGCCGUAGUCGCCGGCAUUGUCGGUCUAAAGAUGCCCAGAUACUGCCUCUUUGGGGACUCGGUCAACACAGCGUCGCGCAUGGAGUCCACUUCAGAAGCCAUGAGGAUCCACAUAUCGCAAACCACGAGGGAACUGUUGUCACCUUCGUACAUGGUCACAGAGAGAGGAGAGAUUCAGGUUAAAGGAAAAGGAGCAAUGAAAACGUACUGGCUUGAAGGACGAGAAUCUCGACCGUGUCUCACGAAAGUCAUAUCACCUCAGCUCCAACCAGGAACCGAACUGGAAUGGGAACGAGCCGCUGACGUCAGGGACAGCAUUGCAGAACACUCAGCCCAGCAAAUGAACAUCAAGGAAAAGGAUGUAGCGUCAGGGACUUACACCCAUCUCCCGAAUUCCGUCAAUUCAGGCCCAAAUUCUCUAGCCGGUGUCAACAAUUCGUCAAAUCUAAUUGCGAUACAACCAUCUCCGUCUUUGCGAAAUUCUCAGAUAGUAUCACCGAAUCCUACAGUGACUUCGCCCGUCGAAGAACGAAGAAUGUACUCUCCUGUUACUUUCCAAGAUGUUGCUAUGAGGAGUAUAGCUAAUUCACCUAACAGGCAUGAAAAUAGAGAGUCAAGAUCUAAUUCUACGAGUGUCGGUGGAGUUUGGAAUGACGCUGACUCUAUAGAACCAGUCAGGACGAUUGACAGCUUGAAUUCGUCAUUCUGUUACAGUGCGACGUCCCCUUCCAGAGUGGCGACGGCGCCGGCGCCUCGAGAGAGGGAAAAAGAGGAGUUCCAAGAAAUAGGGUUUCUGCCGCACCUGUCCCCUCCGCACUCUGCACCCGCGACUGUCGCCGACUCGUGCUCAACGUUGCGACCCGACGCGACUGGCACCACGGUAACACGAAAAACUACUGCGGAAGAAAUUGAAACAGAUACAGAGUACCAAGAUGCAACAGAGUUAAGUGCUCACGUGUGCACGGUGACGGAGGCCACGGCUGGCGCCACGCCCGCCAAGCCAAGCAGGGUGGGACGGUUCAAGGCGCGAAUAGCACCCGGGUACAAUAAGAGCUGCGUCGCACAAAAAUCCUCCGUUAAGGAAAAAGCGGCCCAGAGCAGCGUUCCGCACGGUCAUCACCACACCAAGAACGUGAACCACCACCAGUGCUGCGGUGCAUUCGGAAACCCGCACGUGCGGCACAAGACAAACUCUAGCUGUCGUCUUAUCUAAAUCCAGUCUGUCAUUCUGUAUAAAUUUGUAUACAGUGGUGUAGCAAUCCUGCCCUCCUUAUCGUAACUAACGUAAACGA